CAGAGGCUGAGGCAAGUAAAAACGAGACGGACGAGAUAGCUUCGGUACGGCUACCUGCCAUCGACGAUUGCAUCGCUCUCGUGUCGCUUUUCAUUAUCAUAACGUUUACAUACGUUCGUACGGAAGUUGGCAAUUUAUUUCGAGUUAUUUGUUCGUACGUCGAAUGUCAAGAGAGAAAAAAGAAAGGAAAAAAAAAAGAAAAGAAAAAUAUGACAAGUCAGUCAACUUAUCGCGGCUAGAUCGGUUCUACAUAUCUUCCAUUUCAUUUUCUUCCGAACGUUCGAAAAUUCCUUGUCAAACAAAAUUACGCUUCGCGAUCGCGUUUGAGUUUGUAACGAAUAAAUCCAAAAAAUUUGAAAAGAAUAUCAAAGCACGGACACGAAUUUUUCCUUCUGCUCGUCGAACCUCUCGUACGGAAUUUACAAGCGAGUAAAGAUUUUCUAAGCGCUAAUAAGAUACGACAAAACUGACGAGAUAAACCAAUUACCUAUGUGUACGCAUGUUCUGUAUAACGAUAUGGCAUGCCAGUGACCCAUAUUUUAGGUAAUAAUUUAUUCCUUAAGGUCAGUAAUCAGUGGCAUUGAUUCUUCUAUAUUAUGUUCAUUACUCUCGUCGACACACUCGCGCUUUAAAUCUAAAAAAUACACACACACACACACAUAUGCACAAAAAGAAGAAAUUAUUUUCGUCAUUAAAUUAACACAAAGAAAGGCUCCACAUUUUGUAAUAUUUCUCGAACGAAUAUUUCUAUUUUAAAGUUUUGCAGUAGCAGCAGCAGCAGCAGCUUAAAAGAAUUUUAAGCAAAAAACAAAGCGCUUCAAAAAACAAUUUGGUCGCUAGGAAACUUGGCGCAGGUAAAAAGAAACAAAAAGAAGAGAAAAAAAGUCAAAAGGGAGAAAGAAAAAGGUUUAACCAAGAGAAACGAGCGUGUCAGUUCGAAGAAAAAAAAGGGAGAUCAACCGAGGAAAAGAACGAAAGAGAUAGAAGCAAUCGCGUAAACUAUCGUCAGGGUUGCGUCUAUUAACGAAGGAUGGUAUACGGAAGUAAUAGAAAGAGCAGCAAUGAUCGUUCCAAGUUACACGCCGUCAGACAACGUCGUCGUAGCUCGAAGAAUCAUGCUGGCUUGUCGUCCUGUAUACAUGGAUGCGUGGGUAGCGAAGGUUUACAAAAAAUAAGGGAUCACAUAAUGAAGGCCCUUGAUUUUGGCAUCGAGUCCGGAUAUCUCGUACCAACGGACGCAACCUGUAAGAUGUUGCGGGUAUCCUCCGAUUUAUUAGAAAAACGGCAAAGACGAAGAAAUGAGAAAACGAACGAGACGACGACGAUGAAAUACAGGAGGAAAGGAUCCGAGGAUUCUUGGAAUUUGCGUGAAAAAGAAAAUAAGGAAGUCGAACCGGUGGACUCAUCGACGAAGAAAUUUGAAGAAUGUUCGGUACAAGAAGCGAGGCACAAACGAAAAAAUUGUAGAAGAAAUUGUAGAUCUCGAAGUCGAUCGGAAGGAAAUCGACGCAGAUCUCGUAGACGUAGCAGAAGACGUGGGAGGUGAAAAUCGUUUUCUUGUAAUAUGAAUUUUCUACUUUUUUUUUCUUCUCUUGCCAAUCGCAAGUUAUAACCAAUAACAAACUAGUAAUGGUCAACGAGACCAAAUCAAUGUUUCGCAUGUAUGUGCAGUUCAAAGAACCCCGGGAAGUUGGGAGAAGACAAGGACGAUUACGAGCCAGACAAAAACUCCGGAAAGAAGAACGCUCGUAACGAGCGUGCGAAUAGCGGUUCGAGAAGUUCACGCUCGAAAACGCAGCAAAUC